UCAAAGUAAUGUAAAUUUAUUGGAACUAACACCUAGAUGUUAUAGGUUAGAACUUUCUUGUAUUCUAGACCUAGAAUAAAAGCUAGAAAAUGUGAUAGUACUCAAGUUUUUUACAAUAUUUACUUGUAAUUAGUCGUCACUAAAAAUAUGGUUAUCAAGUUGAAUCAAUUAAUAUUAAAAUAACCUCAAAUUUUUGUAAUGUUUACAAUUGUUGCAUUUAAAAAUUAAUUACGUCUAAAGUAAUUAAAAUAAUGUCAAACUAACACUAUGAUGAUGUAGAUUAGAACUUUCUCGAUCUUCUAGACAACCAAUACAAGUACUUUCCGACCAAAGGAAGUGUCAAAAAAAAAAAAAAAUGAUGAAAGACCAGUCAUGUUGAGUAUCCAACAUUUAAGUCACAAUAAGCGAAAAUAAUUCUUUCUUGAAGUAUCAUUGAAGAGCACACCUCUUAAAAACUCGCGAAAUACUAGUAUGAAAUAUCACCUGAAGAAAGCCUAAGGAGAAAAACAAAAUGGAUGAGUGUGUGGUAGCAACAAGUUGAUGUAUCUUGUCACGUGGAUGAAAUAACAACGUUCUUGAGUGGUAUAUCUAUAUGUAUAGCAGUUGGUACGAUAAACGUAUGGGCGGAAAGUAACUGACGUCAUUGUUGCCUUGAGCGACAACGUAGUUGCCGCCAGCCAGUCUGGCCCGAUCCGAUCACGAUCUUUUCCUGUGAGUGAGCAGACCAGUUAACUAUAUCACCCAGUACCUAUGUAUCAAGCAAUGGAAUAUUGUCCAUUUUUAUAACCUGUAAAUUGCAAAAUGCUGCUCUGAUUACAUUAAAGACAAGUUCGUGCAAGCCUCAAUAUUUGUCUGUUGCUGAUAACAAUGACGAUAUAAUUGAGGUUAUGUUGGAAAAGGAGCAUCAAGAAAGGGUCUGGGAUAGCUUUGAUGAACAAAAGAAGGUCUGGAGUUGAUCUAGGAGGCAUUUUGAUGAAAAAAAGACUGAAGAAAAUCAAUAUGGAUGUUUUUAUGAAAGAUAGAGGGUUCAAAUUCGAUCUUGAAUAAUCUUAGCUCAUGUGUGUGGGCGUCCAGACACUGCAGCAGGAGAUGCGCCUAACUUGCACACUUUGGAAUCAGUGUUAGGAUAAAUAUGUUGCUGCCACAAUGACUAUGGAAGUGAAUGUUUGGAAUGGAGUUGAGAAAAAUUUACUCAUGAUGAUGGUUCAUUCUUCUUCAAUAAAUACAACUCAUCGAGGUUCUACAUCCUAAAGUUCUGGUUCUUAGCUGGCUUUUCGAUGAUGAACGACAAUGAUGACAAACUGAACAUCAAAGUAAUGAAGAUUUUAUUGAAUGCAGACAAUCUUUUGGAAGGUAGACAUGAUCUUCUAUCAAGAAAAACCUACAUACUAUCAGGAAUCAUGCUGGAAAAUCAAAGAUUGCCUAAUAGUUAUUAGGUUGGCUACAAAAAAGAUUCGUUUGCACAGACAGCUGCCUUGACAAGUUUGGCGUUUUUCCUCAGUAGUUCAGAUUUUGGCUGCUUCGAGGUAUCAGCAGCACCAGCUUACAAUCUUGGAGUCAACUCUGAACCCCAUCAUUUUAUGGAACCUUGGGAACAACCUUGCGGUACACCCUUAGGUGCUGCAUCCCUCAAAAAAGCACCACAAAGACAUAGUGUUCAUAGAGCACUCAAAAGAGUUCGCAUUCAAUUAAGGGUCGCUCAAAAUCACUUCAGAAAAGAUCUCAAACUCAUUCAUGAUAUUUAUUCCAAGGUCUACAAAGUAUUAAAAGGACAGUAUCACCUCAGUUGGCUGCCUAAAAAUCAACUCGAAUGGUAUCACAAAGAACUCUGGUGUAUGGAGAAAAGUAAAAAAGCUGAAUUUGCUCUACCCAGGUUACAUGAUGCUCUUCAACGAUUUGCCAUUACUUUUCAUUCGCUCAAACUCUUCCGGCUUCAGUCCAAUAUCAAUGUCGAGUAUAAAAUCACCAAACGCAAUGAGAUCAUCACUGAAAUGCAGAACGAAGUACUUAGGAUGCUCUGCGAAGUAGAAACAGCCAUUCUAAACCUGGGUCUCCAACUACCAAAGUCCCACAAGACAUCAGUAGUAACAGACAGCACUGAUUGGGCUACUGAGGGUGAUUUGACACUGAUGUUGAUCCAAGAUUGGGGUGUUUUACGAUUGUAUCAAGCCUUUCUCAAUGACUGGAUCCGAGCUUUCAGGAAUGCUACAGCUAUUGGUCCUGGUACUUGUGAUCCCAACUCCGUCAAACCUUUGGUCCAUUAUCCAAAGCACAGAAAUCCAAAGAGGAAGCGACUGAAAGCUAAGAAAUUAGCUCAAAUGAAGAAACAUAAUAAAUCAGCUAAACGUAGCAGUAAUAGUUCAGGGUCAUCAAACAGUCAGUUAAGCUUAGGUAACAACAGUCAUGUUGUACGUACGAAAAAACGGAGAAGGCUUUUGAAAAAUCGAAGAAAAAAAAUGAUACAUUGAUAAAUAUUGUUUAUAUAGAUAAUAUUUAAUUCGUAGUUAUUCACUAAUUAUUUAUUUCAUUUUUGUCAUAAUCAUUGUAAAAGUAAUUAUCAAACAGGAUUUAUUUGAAAAUCGUGAUAAAUUUUGUCACUUUUACAAUUUUUUUUUAUUUGUUUUUUUGCAUAAAUAUUUAUAAACUGGAAACCAGUAUUAUAAAGUUUACUUAAUUAAUUAAC